UAACAUUUGUUUUUGUGGAAUUUGGAUAUUAUUUUUUAAUAAUAAAUCUGUACAUCUUUUAGGAUUGGCGGUUUUAACCUGAGGGUUUCCUCGGACUGAAAGAAAUGAAUGAACAAAACCAAAGAUCCACUUGGUAGGACUGGAGAUCCAUUGUCUUGGAAUUACCAACAUCAACAAACUUCUUUGUAACCUGGAAUUUAAACGAAAAUUGCGAUGGCAUAUAGGGGAAUUCGUUUUUGUUCUUUUGGAAUAUUAUAUUUAUUUUUUAACUAUUUUAUUUUCCCAACUGCUAGUUACACGCUGAAGAACUGCAGGGUCACACAGAACAGACAGGCAAACUGUCAGGACAAAAAAUUGAAAGUAUUUCCAAAGGACAUUCCAGCAAGAGUCACAUGUAUAGAACUGUCUAGAAACAACAUUUCUACACUAAAUAAAACAGAUUUGAAAAAUUUACCAAAUCUGUUGCGCUUAGAUCUGACACGCAACAGGAUCUCCAAGAUUGAAUCUUCCACUUUUGUGGUUCAAAUCUCUCUGAAGAUGUUAAUUCUAAACAACAAUAGGCUUUGUAAGCUGCAGGAGGGUAUGUUUGAUGGCUUAGUCAAUCUCAUAGAACUGCGUCUGACUUCCAAUCAGAUCCAAACUGUAGAACCGGCCUCUUUCAAGUCUCUGAGCAAGCUUAGGAUUUUGGACCUAGGCCAUAACAAACUGCGCCACUUAACAAACAUCUUCUUACAACAUACACCACAUUUACAAAACCUAUACAUUCCAGCAAACAAAAUUUCCACUUUUUAUUCAUGGGAGCUGUCAAAUAAGUCUACAGAACUUGUUAUACUUGAUUUGUCUCAGAAUGAGCUUAUGUUCUUUAGGCUCACUGCAGGUAUCUUUCCCAAACUCAAAACGUUGCACCUUGAGGAUGGUAUAAAUAAUGGCAUCGUCUGGGAGGUGAAUGACAAAUCGUACCUCAGAAGUGUGGUUAAACUAGAUAUCGGUGGGGUUCGCUCCUCAUUACAUGGACUGCAGGAAGUGCUAGAGACAUUUAACUCCUCCUCCUCUCUGAGGAAGCUGCAGUUAAACCAUAUAAAUAACAGCCUGCAGGUUCUGAUCAAUGCUUCCUGCAAAAACCCAAAGCUGGGAACUUUUGGAAUACGAAAUAACGGCAUCAAAGUAAUUACAUCAGACCUGCUGCCCUUGUGUACUAAUCUUAAAAUAUUGGACUUGGGGACGAAUGAGAUAACUGACAUUUCUGACAAUUCGUUUCAAUCUCUUAGGAAGCUUAAAACUUUAAUCAUGAAGUCUAACUGUCUCACAUCGGUCCCUAAUGCUGUAAGGAAAACUCAAAUCAUAAAACUGGAUCUCAGCUGCAAUAACAUUAAUGUUCUUCGCUGUGAUGAUUUUGCCAAUAUGACCCGUCUCAGAGUUCUCUAUCUAUACAAUAAUCCUCUCUCGGCCCUCAAGGAUUGUGUUUUCAAAGAUUUGGUCAAUUUACAAACAUUAAUGUUGCAAAACAGCAGCAUUGAUCAAUUAAACGGAGCCUUCAAAGAAAACACACCUAAUCUUAAAACUCUUUCUUUGCUAAACAAUACACUCACUGUUCUAGAUCAUGGAGAAUUUAAAGCACUGAAUUCCCUCCAGACUUUGUCAUUAAAAGGGAAUAAAUUACAACAAUUUAAAGAUGGGACUUUUUAUGGACUGUCCAGUCUUACACAUCUUGAUCUCGAAUCAAAUGAAAUAAUUGAAAUUACAAACGGUGCUCUUGGUGACCUGAAAGCUUUAAAGAUAUUGAAUUUGGGAAGCAAUUGCAUUAAAUAUGCAUCGGUAGAGCCUAUUCUGUAUCCACCAUUUGCUGAGCUUUCACAACUAGAUACAUUGGAUAUUUCAAGUCAAAGCAGAACUCAUAAGCGGUUAAACUUCCCUCAAAACUUUCUGCAAGGCCUGACAAAUCUGUCAAUACUCUAUAUCCAUGGUAACCAUCUUACAUUCGUGCACCCAAACACCUUCAACAAUACUCCUAAUUUGAAUGUACUUAUUAUGUCUAACAAUCUUAUAAGAGACAUUCCCGACAAUUUGUUUUCCCCAAUUCAAAAACUAAAAAGUCUUUACAUUUCAAUGACAAUGCUGAGGUCUCUAGAUUUUCUGCUCCAUGCUAACCUCACAGAGCUGGAGUUGUUGCAGGUGGGGUAUAAUACCUUUUCUGUGAUUAGAGAGCCAGUGAUGCUGUCUCUGCCAGCACUUACUGACCUGGAUAUGCAUGGUAAUACCUUCACCUGUAACUGUGACAACGCGUGGUUCCUCCAAUGGGUAAACGCAAGCGAAAAAACACAAGUGUUUGAUGCAUACAAUUUUGAAUGCAGCUACCCUCCAAACCUUAAAGGUAGAAAAUUGUUGCAGAUUGACGUCCGUUCUUGUACAGUAGACAUAGACUUCAUCUGUUAUAUUUCCACGGCAUGCACGGUCAUCAUGACCCUAGCAGUCUCCUUCACUCACCAUUUCCUACAAUGGCAACUGGUCUACGCGUACUACCUCAUGCUGGCGUUCCUCUACAACUCAAAGAACAAGGACAAGCGUGCUCAUCAGUACGACGCCUUCGUCUCCUACAACACAAACGACGAGGGCUGGGUGCUGGGGGAGCUGCUGCCCAAGCUGGAGGACGAGCAGGGCUGGAGACUGUGUCUGCACCACCGAGACUUCCAGCCAGGUAAACCAAUCAUGGAAAACAUUACAGAUGCCAUCUAUGGCAGCCGGAAGACCAUCUGUGUGGUCAGUCGCGAUUACCUGGAGAGUGAAUGGUGCUCCAGAGAGAUCCAGGUUGCCAGCUUCCGUCUGUUUGACGAGCAGAAGGACGUGCUGAUCCUGGUGUUCCUGGAGGACAUUCCCAUGCAGCAGCUUUCUCCGUACUACCGCAUGCGGAGGCUCCUGAAGAGACAAACCUACCUGAGUUGGUCCCGCGCAGACACACACCCAAACCUGUUCUGGGAGAAGCUCCGGCAGGCCCUGAAGACCCAGGAGCACCCAAUGGGUGAGCAUAUACUGCUCACAGUGGAGGACGGACCCCCUGGAGAGAGACCAGACCAGUAAAAGGCUUAGAAAUGCUGGGGGGAGGGUUAUACUAGAGACACCCGAGGUCUGUGUUUGGAGGGAAAGUGAAACAGUUCCCCUACCAGCUUUGUUUGUUUUUGUGUAUUGUAAAACACUUUCUUAAUCUAGUUAAUGGGUACAUUUGGUGUGGAAAUGUUUUUUUGUUCAUUGCGACAUUGAUGAAAACAUUGUCUAAUGCUUUCCAAUUUGUGCGGUUGGGCAUUUCAACUUCUGAUGAAAUCUGGGGAGAACUGACCCGAGGUUUGUCUUCGACAAUGAAGACUUCUUCAGGGUGGGAGUUCUGUUGCUUGCCAAUAGCUGUUUAUUAGCUCAAGUGCUAACCAAUCAUUAGCAUGCAAAGGUAUGUAGACCGCCAUCACUAUAAAAAGGCUGAAGUUUCCUAAGUGUAUGAAAAGGCCUGGAUUUCAAGAUAUGUUCCAGAUCGGGUGGGCAAAAAAUGUCUGUGACACUGGUGUCUGUGUACCAAACAACGUUAUCACUUGUUUCUUUCCGUAGCUCUAUAGCUCUAUAUUGUUUCUUUGCGUAGCUCAUAGCUCUAUAUUAUUGUAUCAAGGCCUAACUUAAAAGGGGAAACUAUGGUCAUUGUUAAUUUGAAAUUAAACAUAUUUUCUAUUCUAAAACCCAUAUCAAAGACUGCAACUUUACCAGCUGUAAAAGGUUGAGUAUUUCUAAGCCUGACUUUGCCCAUGCACAUUGUUGUGUAGUGAGCCCUAGAGGGCUGCCAUGUAUAUAGCACCAUUGAUAAAAGUUUAUAUUAAUCGAAUAGUUUGUAUAAGAAUCAAGUUUUAUGAUGGAUAAGUAGGAUCAAGGAUCAAUGCAGGUUCAAUAUUAACCUAAUUUAGAAGAUGAAUCUGAAACUGCUGUUUUUCUUCGCUAUGAAUUUAAUUAAAAGUAAAAUUCUCGUUUACAGAAGAUAUUUUUUUCUAUAUCACUGUUACGCUGCACUAGACUUUUACACCUUAAUACUAUCACUAUGCCACAUGUCAUGAUUACAUACACAUGUAUACAGUGGUGUAUAGUAACAAAGUAGAAAUACUUUGUUACUGUACUUCAGUCGUUUUUUGGGGAUUUGUACUUCACUAUAUUUAGUAUUUACAUUUCUAGCAACUUUCACUUUUACUCAGUUACUUUACCUCAGUAAAAUGUAUGCUUUUACUUUGA